UACCUUUGUAGGGGUUAAGAAAGAGGGGGAGGAAGUAAAAACAUGUCCAUUCGACGUCUAUAAAAGGAGAGGUUAGAGGGGCUUGAAAGAAGCCUCGUCUUAAUUAUCUCUGCACACACUCUCUUGAUCUCUGGCCCUUUUCUUGGGAUAGGCAAGGUCUCAUUGAAUGGCCUUUACCUUCAUUUCUCUUCCUCUUCUUCUUCCAUAUUGAGUUUUAUACAUAAUCUUGUUACCAAAAACCGAUUGAGAGAGAGGGAGAGAUUUUUGGCUCUGCGCUGUGGUUUCCGGGGGCUAGAGUGGAAAGAUGGCAAAGGCCUUUAGUCUCGAGGAGAUCAAGAAUGAGAACGUUGAUCUAGAAAAGAUUCCGGUUGAGGAAGUGUUUGAGCAAUUGAAAUGUACAAAAGCAGGUUUGACCUCGGAGGAAGGAGCCAACCGGCUUCAAAUCUUUGGCCCCAACAAAUUGGAAGAGAAAAAGGAAAGCAAAUUUCUCAAGUUCUUGGGGUUCAUGUGGAAUCCUCUAUCAUGGGUUAUGGAAGCUGCAGCUAUUAUGGCAAUUGCAUUGGCGAAUGGCGAUGGAAGGCCCCCAGAUUGGCAAGACUUUGUUGGUAUCGUCUGCUUGCUUGUGAUCAACUCUACCAUUAGUUUCAUUGAAGAAAACAAUGCGGGAAAUGCUGCUGCUGCACUUAUGGCUGGCCUGGCUCCUAAAACCAAGGUUCUUAGGGAUGGAAAGUGGAAUGAGGAGGAUGCUGCAAUUCUGGUUCCCGGAGACAUCAUUAGUGUCAAAUUGGGAGAUAUCAUUCCUGCUGAUGCCCGUCUCCUUGAGGGUGAUCCUUUAAAGGUUGAUCAAUCUGCUCUCACCGGGGAGUCACUUCCAGUAACUAAGCAUCCAGGCGAUGAAGUUUUCUCAGGCUCCACUUGUAAACAAGGAGAGAUUGAGGCUGUUGUUAUUGCUACUGGUGUUCACACCUUCUUCGGAAAGGCUGCGCAUCUGGUGGACAACACCAACCAAGUUGGCCACUUCCAAAAGGUUCUUACUGCUAUUGGGAACUUCUGUAUUUGUUCCAUAGCAGUUGGAAUGGUUAUUGAGAUCAUAGUCAUGUACCCGAUUCAGCACCGCAAGUACAGAGAUGGAAUUGACAAUCUUUUGGUUCUCUUGAUUGGAGGCAUCCCCAUUGCUAUGCCAACGGUCUUGUCGGUGACGAUGGCUAUUGGAUCCCACAAGCUGUCCCAACAAGGUGCCAUCACUAAGCGUAUGACUGCCAUUGAAGAGAUGGCAGGUAUGGAUGUACUCUGCAGUGACAAAACUGGGACUCUAACCCUCAACAAACUGAGCAUUGACAAAAACUUGAUUGAGGUUUUUGCAAAGGGUGUGGAAAAAGAUUAUGUCAUCCUGCUUGCUGCCAGGGCCUCUAGAGUUGAAAAUCAAGAUGCCAUUGAUGCUGCCAUGGUUGGAAUGCUUGCUGAUCCAAAGGAGGCAAGGGCUGGUAUAAGAGAGGUGCACUUCCUUCCAUUCAAUCCUGUGGACAAGAGGACUGCUUUAACCUACAUUGAUGCUGCUGGAAACUGGCAUAGAGCAAGUAAAGGUGCCCCUGAGCAGAUCCUCGCCCUAUGCAAUUGCAGGGAAGAUGUUAAGAAGAAGGUUCAUUCUUGUAUUGAUAAGUUUGCUGAAAGAGGGCUUCGGUCAUUGGCUGUUGCUAGACAGCAAGUGCCUGAGAAAAGUAAGGAAAGUCCGGGUGGUCCAUGGGAGUUUGUUGGCUUGUUGAACCUCUUCGAUCCUCCAAGACAUGACAGUGCUGAGACCAUCCGUAGAGCUCUCAAUCUCGGCGUAAAUGUCAAGAUGAUUACUGGUGAUCAGCUUGCUAUUGCAAAGGAGACAGGACGAAGGCUUGGAAUGGGAACAAACAUGUACCCUUCAGCUUCUUUACUUGGUCAGGAUAAGGAUGCAAGCAUAGCUACUCUUCCUGUUGAAGAGUUGAUUGAGAGGGCAGAUGGGUUUGCUGGCGUGUUUCCAGGUGGGUGCUUUCGUUAUGCCACCUAUGACAAAAAUAUUCGGCACCCGUGGGUGUCGAUUCGGUUAGAUAGAUUAUUUGAUCUAACUAAAUCCAUUUUCUUUAUAGAGCACAAAUAUGAAAUCGUGAAGAAAUUGCAAGAAAGGAAGCACAUUGUCGGAAUGACUGGUGAUGGUGUUAAUGAUGCACCUGCAUUGAAGAAGGCAGAUAUUGGAAUUGCUGUUGCUGAUGCUACAGAUGCUGCAAGAAGUGCGUCUGACAUUGUUCUAACAGAGCCUGGAUUGAGUGUCAUUAUAAGUGCUGUGCUGACCAGUAGAGCUAUUUUCCAAAGGAUGAAGAACUACACUAUCUAUGCAGUUUCCAUCACAAUCCGUAUUGUGUUUGGGUUCAUGCUUAUUGCUCUGAUAUGGAAAUACGACUUCUCUCCUUUCAUGGUUUUGAUUAUUGCCAUCCUAAAUGAUGGUACAAUUAUGACGAUCUCAAAGGAUAGAGUUAAGCCAUCACCCUUACCUGAUAGCUGGAAACUAAAAGAGAUAUUUGCCACUGGAAUCGUACUUGGUGGUUACCUGGCAUUGAUGACUGUGAUAUUCUUCUGGGCAGUGCAUGAUACUGAUUUCUUUUCGGAAAAAUUUGGUGUCAGAUCGUUAAGGAAAAAUGAUGAAGAAAUGAUGGGUGCUUUAUACCUUCAAGUUAGUAUUGUGAGCCAAGCUCUCAUUUUCGUGACUCGUUCUCGCAGCUGGUCCUUUAUUGAACGACCUGGUCUGCUACUGGUGUCUGCUUUCAUGAUUGCACAGCUGGUUGCAACUGUGAUUGCCGUUUAUGCCAACUGGGGUUUUGCAAGGAUCAAGGGAAUUGGCUGGGGUUGGGCUGGUGUCAUCUGGAUUUACAGUAUUGUUUUCUAUUUCCCACUUGAUAUUAUGAAGUUUGCCAUCCGCUACAUCCUAAGUGGAAAGGCUUGGCUCAAUUUGCUAGAGAACAAGACCGCCUUUACCACGAAGAAAGAUUAUGGUAAAGAGGAGAGAGAAGCUCAAUGGGCUCUUGCACAAAGGACCUUGCAUGGGCUUCAACCACCAGAGACUGCUGGUGUCUUCAAUGAAAAGAGCGGCUAUAGGGAGUUGUCUGAAAUCGCUGAGCAGGCUAAGAGACGAGCAGAGGUUGCAAGGCUCCGGGAGCUUCACACACUUAAGGGGCAUGUUGAAUCGGUUGUUAAACUCAAGGGUUUGGAUAUCGAUACCAUCCAGCAACAUUAUACAGUGUAAAAAUCCUGAAAUAACUUCGCUACCUGAGAAGGAAAGGCCUGAAGUUCAAUGACAAACCCUCGAGAAAAGCAGAUAUAGACCUGAAUAGUUGAGAACUUCUCUAGACGGGGGAGAAAUGCUAUUUAUAUAAUUCUAGUAUCUUGUACUUUUUGUUUUUGUGUUUUCAACUCUGGAAGAAAAAGGGCACUGUUCCCCUACUUAUUGCUCCAUGAAGAGCCUUGUAAUGCCACCUUGUCCCAGUUUUUUCAAGGUUAAUCUUAUUUUUCUUCUGCUUAAUAA